CUUUCCUUCGCGCCUCAAACUGCAACCGAAUGUCUUGUUAUACUAUUGUCACUUAAUUGAUACCUUUUCGCGCACUCUCUUAGAUCCUCUGUGGCUGCAAUGCUCAAAUCUACGUAUACCCCGCCCCCUCCGUUACCUCCAGGAUGGACCGAACAUAAAGCUCCUUCAGGUCAUCUGUAUUACUACAACUCGCAGACAAAGCAAUCCACAUAUACGAGGCCUCAGGCCGCCCCCGUACAGCCUCCGCCCGCCGCAGCACCAGAACCCUCGAAUAAAGCGCCAUUUCUAACUCCGGAUACACUUCCUCCUUUCUCUUCGACUCCCUAUGCCCCUCAUGGUUUUGGGCAUGGCGCUGCACCACACGGAGCACCGUUUGAUAGUCAGCCAUGUGGAGGCUUUCGUGGGGGUAGAGGCUACCAUGACCGCAAGCCCCGUGGGCCACAGGAUAGGCCGAAAACCAAACAUGACAUUCCUGGCUGCACGCCAUGGGUGCUCGUGAAGACGAAGCUGGGAAGGAGAUUUGUCCACAACCCCGAAACAAACGAAAGUUUUUGGAAGAUCCCCCCGGAGGUCCUGAUAGGGGUCCUCGAAUACGAUCGCUUGGAGAGAGAGGCAAAAGAGAGGAAGGAGCGGGGCGAGGAGAUGGAAGUUGUCGCCAAAGAAGAACCGGAAGCUAAGGUUUCCGAGCAACCACGGUUGGAAGGAGCAGAAGCUGGUGCUGCUCCAGCGGCCGGGGAAGAGAGCGAUGAGUAUGAGGAGGUCGAAGUUACUGACAGCGAGGGUGAGGAAGAGCAACCUUUCAAGCGACCGAGAACCGAAGAAGGGGACGACCAACAGCCGUUGGAGUUCACGGAAGAGGAUAUGGAAUACCAACUGGCGGCAAUGGGAGAAGAAUAUGGCCUUGACCCUGGCGAAUACGGCGAACCCGGAGAAGAAGAAUGGGAAGAAGGCGCAGAGGGACUUCCGCUCACGGAGGAGGAUGCCACAGCUUUAUUCCGUGAUCUUCUUGACGACUAUCGCAUUAACCCAUUCUCCACGUGGGAGAAGAUCAUCGAAGAAGGCCGGAUCAUUGAUGAUACCCGCUACACUGUGCUACCAAACAUGAAAACGCGCCGUGAGGUCUGGUCCAACUGGAGUCGUGACCGGAUUCAAGAACUUAAAGAACGCAAAGAGAAGGAAGAAAAGAAGGACCCGCGCAUCAAGUACCUGGCCUUCCUCCAGGAACACGCCACACCAAAGUUGUAUUGGCCCGAGUUCAAGCGCAAAUACAAAAAGGAACCAGAGAUGAAGGAUGCGCAAAUGUCAGACAAAGAUCGAGAGAAGUACUAUCGCGAUUUGGUUUCUCGACUGAAGCAGUCAGAAAGCACGCGAAAGUCUGAUCUUUCAGCGCUACUAAAAUCUGUGCCACUACACGAACUAAAUCGGUCAUCUAAUCUGGAGGCUCUCCCUCCGUCCAUCAUAACCGAUCUCAGAUACAUCGCCCUCACACCUAAAGUGCGGAACCCGCUUAUUGAGGCCUACAUCUCUACUUUGCCUGCUGCUCCGGAAAGCGACAUGACCGCCGAGGAAAGAGAAGAGCUAGAACGAAAGAAGGUUGAACGUGACAGACGCGAGAAAGCGCUGGCAGAACGAGAGAAGCAGGUACAAGAGGAAAAAAGAAAGCAAAAGGGUGAGCUUGUUCGCGGUAAACAUCUUUUGAGAGAAGGGGAAGCGGAGAUCGAGGAGGCUAUGAGGAUCAACAGGGGUGGACUUCGAAGCUACAUAGAAGCCGAAGAUCAGUCUUCCAAGGGCCAAGGCGAGAAUGCCAGUCAACAGCCAUGAAGAAUCAGAAACGGCAACCUCUGUGAUAUAUAAAGCAUACUUAUGAUUGCAAAUGACUG